UUUAGCAUGUGAACACGUGAUAUGAAAAUUACACAACUUUAUGGUAAUGGUAUUGUGUCACUGUUACCGUUACUCGUUUGAAAAAAAUAUUACAAAGUCAUAAGUCGAAAUAAAUUCCAUGUUUUUUACGAUAAUUUCGUAUUCCAAACAUUUGAAUAAUGGCGACCACCACGGUGACAAAAGAAAGCAUUAUUUCUAACAAGGUUAAUACGGACAACAAAUAUCUUACCUCUUUAUUUAGGCAAAGUUCUGAUCGAACUCAAGAACGUUAUAAACCUGUGAUGCAAGAGACACUUCCUUUAAAGGAAGAAAAAAUUAUAUUGAUUCCGAGUCGUUUACGCGAACUUCUUGCUAACACGUCAGACGAAAUAGUGGUAAAACUAGGUUGUUUUCCUUAUACAAACUUGGUAUAUUUUACUGUUAACGACAACCUAUUUAUAUGGGAAUACGAAAAAGGAAAUGAUGAAAAUGCUAUCGGUCACAUAGAUGUUCAUCCUUUACAAGAUCUUUAUAUAAAAUGUGUGGGUCUUGUUAAACCAAGAGCAGGCCGUUUUAUUGAUGAUGCUCAAUAUGUGUUGGUUAUAGUCACCGAUAAAGCCAUACAUAUAUUUGGAUUAAGUAAUACUCCGACGGGAAUAGUUUUUCAUGAUAUGUCGUCGGAUAGAUAUCGAGCGAAUUAUAGUAAAAAAACUGUGGAAUCAAUAAUUGGUACUGAUGAUGGUCGUAUUUUUCUUAUUGAUGCUGGAGAACUUUGUGAAUUAGUCUAUGAGGAUGAAGGUUGGUUUUCUCAUCCUUGUAGGUUAGAAAUUCGAUCACUUAGCACGCUUGAUCAACAAUUGAGAUUUAUUUCAAAUUAUUCAUCGCGUCUAAGGUCUGUUGUGGUUGAUGACGCACGGAAUUUGUUAAGCGUAAUGUCCGAUCAUCAUAUUGAGUCAUUUCUUAUCAUGAAGAAUGGAGGUCCUUUAAAAUCUUUGGGGAAAUGGUCUAUCAACGAUGACAAAUCUGGUUUGAAAGGGACAAUUAUCUCAAUACACCCAAUUCACGUCACCGAAUCCUCAUUUUAUUGUUUAUUGGCUGUUACAAGUACAGGUCAUCGUGGAUAUUUUACUUGUUAUUCUAUUAAUAGGGGGUACAAUUGGUCGGUAGUAACUGAUACAACCUCUUAUAGAAAUACGGAACCUAAUUGUUUAAUUUUAUAUGAGGUUCAUGAACCACCACCUCAACCCCAAUCUCAGGUGGCCCAACAGACUAAUAGUGGAUUUUCAAUGUUCAAAUACUUUCACGGAGUAUUUUUUGCGUUAAAAAGGGAAGGUGCAUCUCAUGUUGUAACCACCACCCAACCUAACUAUGGUGCAAUGUUCAUGAGAUUCAUUCAGAGUCAAGAGCUCAUCUUCUCUGAGCAUAUCUUUACAUUUCCUUAUCAUAAUAUUUAUGAAAUUCAAGAAAUUAGAAAUCCAUUACAUGAUCCUAAAGUUUUUGAGGAGUAUUCAAAUGAUUUGAUCGAUCAAUUUUAUGCUCCUCCUAGAAAAUUCCUUGUAUAUUCUCAUCAUGGUAUAAUAAUGUUAAAUAAAUUAAGACCUGUUGACCAUUUAGAAAAUAUUAUCAAAAGAGGAUUUCAAAAUGAAGUGUCAAAAGCCUUUGUUGAAAAUUAUGGACAGGAACAAACUUGUGCAAUGUGUUUUUUGAUCGCCAAUGAGGAAAGCUAUGCAACCUUGAAAUACUUUCAAUAUUCGAUUUUAUUCGAAGGGUUUGCUUUUUGCUUAGCAAGAAUUCUUCGACCUGUAUGGCGUCAAAAAAUUCUAAAACUAAGAUCAACUGGCGCCAUCACUUACGUAGACACAAAUAUUCCUGAACCAAAACUUCAAUAUAUAAUCAAGAAAUUAUUAAAUUUGAAGAAAUUUUGUGAUAAGCACCCUGAUUUAAAAACUCUUCACCAUGUCGAGAAUACAUCUAGUAGUUCUCUGACUCCAGCACAAGCCAUUGGUAUAGGUGGUUUAUAUGAUGCACUUGUCAGGAUGGCUGAUGCAAUAUCUUUUAUUAUACUUAUGCUAGAAUAUAAUUUACCCGAAACAAUCGCGAGGGUUGACCCAUCAACUAAACAAACUAUAGUUAAUUCAAAUUUCGAUCAACUGGUAACUGAUCCGUCAGUUAGGAGUAGUUGGCACGAUGUAGUUCUGGCUAUAAUCAGGAAAGAAACUACGCCGCGUGUUGAAAAUCUCAGUCGUAAUUUAGAAGCGCGUUGUCCAACCUUCUGUAACGCUAUAGAAGUUAAAUUAUACCAGGGUUACGAAGCUUUACAAAAGGCUAAGAAGAAUGAAGAUGAGCAUACUACUAAUGAAGCAUUACGUAGUUCGUUAAAAUUAUUCACUGAAUCCAUUAAUACCAUGACAUAUGGCACCUUAAUUAACUUAUGUAAUGAGUACAAAAAUUUCAAGUUUUAUGAAGGAGCUGUUGAACUUUUAUUAAAAGCUGCACAUACUAUGGAGCAUGUAACUGAUAAACGUAAAUCAAUUCUUGACAGCGUUAUCGACACAUUACGAGACGCUGGCGUCUUUAACGAAGGAGUUCAUCGUCAAACACGUACUUUUAACCCUGUUCUUCAUAAGGCUCUAGAACUUGGCUUGACCUUGAAAGACAUAGAUUUCCUUUUUACGGUUUAUGACGAAUUCUUGUUAGCAGACUCUAUUUCACAACUCUUUGACCCGGCAGCCCCUUACAUUGAAGGUUACCUUACUGAUUCAAAAGAUUUAUCCUCACCAGAAGUAAGGAAAAAAUUAGAUUUAUAUUGUGAUUUUUGUGUGAAACGUCACGAAUAUCUUAAAGCGGCCGAUGUGAAGGAUUACAUAGCUCAGAAUGCAGGAGAUGAUGUUGAUUUACAAGAGCGAUUGAAUUAUCUAAGUCAUGCCGUAGGACAAGCUGAGAGUGCCAAAGAAUUCAGCGAAAGUGCUAAAGUAAUCGAGAUAUUAAAUAAGUAUCGCAAUAAAAUGAGGAUUGCGCAAAUACAAUUCGAAAUUUAUUUGGAAAUAAGUAGCAUGAAUGAUAAUGUAUUUAAUAAUUUUGCUAAAUUGCAUGGAAUACCUAGUAAAGCUGAAGUACUUGCACUUCUUAAUCAAAAGCUCUACGACCCUCCAAUUCUUUUGAAUGAUUUUAUUCAACCAUUCAAUUUGUUUGAAAAGAAGUUAGCUUUAUUACAAAUUGUAGAAGAUGCACCUUAUAGUACUGAAAUAGCGAAUGUUUGGGAUGAUAUAAUACAAAAAGCUAUACAAAGAAGUGAAGAUACUGGUUCUAUUCAGCCGAUAGCAGAUACACUUGUAAGCGCUGGUCGAAAAUAUUAUCCUAGUGACGUUCGAAUGUUACCAUUGGAUAAGAUCAUUAUUUUAGUAUCGAAAUAUUUAAUAGAUCGUAGAUUUAAUGAUCCUGGUGUCAUUACAAGGAUUCUGAGGCAGGCUAAUAUAAAUUAUGCUGUUUUAUUUGAAACAUUUAAACGUGUUUUAAAUAAUAGAUCGGAUGAAUCGUUAUAUAUCAGAGAUGGACUACGGUUUUUAUUUCAAGAACUUUCUUACAUACUCAGUGAAUGGGUUAAAUCUAGUGAAGAAUUAUACGAUAUCGACACUAACAACGUACUUGAUUUGAUUGAUCGAUGGGUUGGUGUGGUUGAUAGCAGUAAACUUGGUAAAGAACUUAAGGAAGAUUUUAUGGAAAAUAGAAGAAAUGUUGAAAUAUUGAAGAGAAGAAAGAAUGAAUAAAAAGAUUAGAACAUUUUAUAAAUACAUUAAUACAAAUAAUAAUCGUAUCAUUUUCCAAAUAAAUCAAAUUAUUGAGACAUUCAUUUAAAGAUAGGAUUUUUUUUUUUUAAAAAA